AAAGUAAAACGGAUCCGUGACUUACUCGUCAGUUUACGAGGACGGCGGCAUCGCGCGGUCGCGUACAUUUCGUACUUUAAAUUUAAAGAUCAUCGUAAUUUAGAUUUACUGUUAAUACAACCAGUGAAUGCAAGCAGUACAAUUCAUAAACGUCUCAUAUUACAUGUAGAAGACAAUCAAAAAUAGAUCAAAGUGGCGCCGUCUAGCAAAAAAAUGGUAAAAGAUAGUAAAAAAGGUGCAAUGGAGGGCCUAAUUAGUAAGUCCUCGUCUAAAAAGUCUAGUAACAUUCUGGAUUAUGGGAAAAAACAGACAAACAAAGUAUCUGUAAAAAAUACACAUAUGAACCAGACUACAAAGAAAAGCAAUACAGAAAACUUCGAUAGGAAAGUUGGUAGUACUGUUACUGCUAAUAAUCCAAAACAAAAUAAAAAUAAUUUCCCACAUUCAACUUCGACAAAUAAUGACAAGAAAUAUUCCCCAAAUAUUUUUGGAGAGAAGGCGGGAAGUUCUAAAAAUCAUGGGGUUUCUACCUUCAUGCCACAACCAACGCCAGUUGCAGAUAACAACUAUGUUUCUUCUUCUUAUAAGGAUGCUAAAAAUAAAAAAUCAUCAAUGAGAUUUGGAAUAAUAUGGCUACCAACGAAAAGACGCAACAAGUUAAAAGAUAACUUAAAUCAUAGUGAUGGACGUGACCGUUCUAAGGAAAGAACGCCUUCAAUGUAUAAGUUCAUGUCUGAUCGUUCGUUGGAUCAAAUAGAAACAACUAAGGAACGAGAUCUGUUCGCUUCUGGAACACUGAAAAUGACUUCUCCAGUUUAUUUUGGGAAAAAAACCAGUGAACAAUCCCUCGAUCAGAACCAUUUGUAUUACGACAAAUAUGACGAUCAAGACGAACGUGAGGGAAAUGAGGCUGGUGGCUCCAAUACAAGUGUCAAUGGUGCUAAAGAGGAUACAUCAAAUCAAGAAACCAAUGCUGAUAAGAAGCAAAGUAAAGGUGAAGAUGUUGUUGAUAAAGUUAAUGUGCUGCAUAGGCAAUCAAUAUCAAAAGAACAAACUGCUGAUUCUACUGGGGAAAAGGAGGAAUGUAUAGUUGUAUGGCUUCAUUAUAUGUUACAAUGUAGUGAUUGUUGUAUUAUGUAAAUAUAUGAAAUUGAUUUCAUAUAUUUAUAUACAAAUCAAUGAUAUAACAACCAAGGCAUGAUCUUUGUAAACAAAGGUUACAUUAUACCUUUUAUUUGGAAAUCAGUGUAUCUUAAAUAUUUGCAGAAACUAUCUUGCUUAUAAAUUAA